AUGGAGAUGAGUAUGGAAUGCUUGACUUUGUGGGUCUACUUACUAAAUGCUUUUCUAAUGGCUUGGAAUCAUGACAUGACCGAAGGAGCCCAAGCAAUACUGGGCCAUCCAUUCAUCUCAGUUUGGAAUGCACCAACUCAGAUAUGCCAAGAUAAAUAUGGAAUAUCCCUUGACUUGAGGAUUUUUGAUCUAAUUGUCAACCAGCACGACUCAUUUAUGGGGAAAGACAUUACUCUUUUCUACAGUAACAGAUUUGGAUAUUAUCCGUAUUACACUAAGGAUGGAGUUGCCAUCCAUGGUGGUCUCCCUCAAAAUGCUAGCCUAAAAGAUAAUCUCCAGAAGAUUGAACAAGACAUUAAGAACACCAUUUUGGAUGCUGGCUACAGAGGUCUGGCAGUUGUGGACUGGGAACACUGGCGUCCCUUAUGGAUUCGGAACUGGGGCUCCAUGAAAAUCUAUCAGGAUAAAUCCAUAGAGUUAGUUAAGGAGCAGUACCCUGAUUGGCCUGCUGACAAGGUGAUCAAAGAAGCCCAGUUAGAGUUUCAGCAAUCUGCUCAGGCAUUCAUAGAGCAGACAUUGGCCCAUAGUGAAACCCUGAGACCUAAGGGUUUCUGGGGCUUUUAUGGCUUCCCUGACUGCUAUAACAAUGACUAUUACUCUGUCAAUUAUACCGGGGAAUGUCCAGAAAUUGAGAAACAGAGGAACAACGAGUUGCAGUGGCUCUGGAACCAAAGCCGGGCUCUCUAUCCCAGCGUUUACCUCCCACAAGAGCUCAGACAGACUCACAGAACUCUUGAAUUUGUCCAUCAUCGAAUCCAGGAGGCAUUCAGGGUUUUGAACUGGACACAGAAUGACAUCCCUGUCUUACCUUAUGCUACCAUUGUAUAUGAGUUUACUCAAAACUUCAUCACGCAGGAGGACCUGGUCCAUACCAUUGGUGAGAGUGCUUCUCAAGGUGCUGCUGGAGUUAUCUUGUGGGGUAGUACAAAUUUCAGUCAUUCUUGGGAAGCCUGCCUUCAAGUGAAGGAGUAUGUGGACACAGUCCUUGGCCCAUACAUUAUGAAUGUGACCGUUAGCACUAAGCUGUGUAGUGAAGUACUCUGCUCAAAGAAUGGCCGCUGUGUGCGGCAAGAAAACCACCCCAAAGCCUUCUUGCAUCUCAGUUCUGCCAGCUUCAUUAUUAAGAAGCAUAAUGUGGACACAGGUUUUAUUCUGACUGGCCAGAUGUCAACGGAAGAUCAAGUCAAGAUGGCCCAAGAAUUCACAUGUCACUGUUACGAUGGCUGGAAAGGAUCGCAAUGUAAGAAGAAGUCAAUCUAGAAUGAGUUAUUCAGUCCAGAGUUUCAUGGUAUAUAAUACAUGUCAACAAGAAAAGCUGAACCUGCAGAAUUAGUCUGUAUAAAAUUAAUAUAUAUAUUCAUAUAUAUUGUACAUUAGAUUGAUGGUUUGACAAAUUGUAGGCUACAUUACUUUCAGCCAUGCUGGUUCAGAAUUCUGGGAGCUGCAGUCCCAUCCUAUAUGAAGGGCACAGGUGGAUGAAAGUUGGGCUUCAUCUUUUUGCAAUGAUACUAAAAGGCAUUGGCGAACCAGUCUGAUUUUCCCCUUUCUGUAGGGUGCAAGCAGAAAUCCUUCUAGAAGUGGUCUUAGUGGUUAUCUGCAUUCUCUUUGCUUGUGUACAUAAUACAGUUCAGCCUUACAGCAUAAAAAAAGUUGGCAUGCUUUUUCUUUUGAUCAUGAUAUGAAUAUAUACAGUAAGCAUGCUUUUCUUAUGUAUGUAUUGCAUUUGCUUUCAUUUCCAUCUGGAGAACUAACAUCAGGUCAGUUACAUCUUUGUGUUGACAUGUGCUGAUGCAUGCAUAGGGAUGCAUACUUAGGAUAGAAGAUACACUUCAUGUCCUCAUGAGACCUGUAGUCUAUUCUCAUGUAUGACAGCACUGUAACCCAUCAAUUGCCUUUAAAAUAAAUGGAAAUGCUCCUGCA